AUGAAGCAUUUAGGCCCAAUAUAAAAAAUCAAUACUCCUUCCUUUGAUUUUCAAUCGGCCUUUAAGGAACAUCAGGAAGUAGAGGAAAGAAUUAAAUAAGAAACUGAAACUCAAGAUCCAAGGAAACUAGUGAUGAAUCUAUUGAACGAUAGAGACAACUAACAACCCAUAGAGGGCACCUUGACUAGUUCAUAAUUUGGGUUGAAGAAAAAGAUAAACAUACGUACUACUAGACAGGUGAAAAGUUAAGUGCCAUUACUAACUGGUUAGAUCAAGAAUUUAACUUCACUCAAUUUCAAUUCUCCAUCCAAUACAUUGAAAUUUGAUAUGGAUUCCUAAUUCAAUUCCAAAAGAUCGAAUUUCAUUCCCAAUUUUAUAAAUUCAGGCAGGAAUUUCGAUGUGGAAGUGAAAGGAACCUUGGGAGAAGAAUUCACCGAAUUUCAGAUGUAUGAUGAUGACUCAUAACCAGAAGACAUUCCAAAGAAUAAAAACUUCUCCUAUGGAGGUAGAAUGGCCAAUAAAAAAUUGAAGGACUACGAUUGUUGGGACGAAGACAAAACUCCUGAGCAAUGGAUUGAAUUAUGUCUUAAAACCAACCCUCCACAUGCCAAAUGUCCCCUUUUUGAUCAUUCAGACAAAUACAUUUGGACUGAUGUUGAAGUUCUCGGCUAUCAAAAUGGUCGCUAUGAAGUGAAGGUGUUGAGAAGUAACAAAAUCAAAUGGAUUGGAAGACUAUCCCUAUUAUUCUUUGCAGAAGACCCCAUAAAAUUCGAAUAGAGAGUUGAAUUAUGCAAGUAAAGAUAAAGAAAUGCUGAUGACGAAUAUCGAUUUCUUAAAUACAUCGAUUCUUUGCCUGAUUCAAUGACAUCUAUUUUAUCUACUGAAAUGCAAAAAAAGAUAGACGAAUUCACUUAUUUCAGAGAAUUGCCUUAUCUAACAAAAGAGGAUCCUAGCAAAACAGCUCCAGGAUUUCCAUAAAUACAAACUUUGAAGGAUGAAUCAAAAACUAUGAUUACUGACCCAGAAAUAAAGAGAAAAUAAUUGCAAAAUUUGGAUAUUCUUAAAAAAGAUCUAGUCAAACAAGUAGAAAAAGAGUACAUUAUGCUCAUGAAGAAAUGUUCUAUCCUUAAAGAUAUGGAAAUUAAUAAAAAUGAUAUUAAAUGGAUCCAACUUAGAAUCAGAAAUAGAUUUGAAUUAACCAAAAAACCAUUCUAUGGAUUGUGCAAAUAAUUUGGAAGCGAUACCAAAGUCAUCAAUUAUGAAUCAUAGGGUCAAUCUGCUAAAUCAUUUAUUAAAUAAUAAGAUAACUGGGCAUUUGUUCCUACAAGACAAACGAUUCAAUCAUUGCAUUAUUCUAAAUUGACUGUUGUUGUUAAUACACUUAAUGCCUUGACUGCAAGAUCCCAAUUAUACCAAAACUUCCCCUUGCUAAAUGUAUUACUGAAUCAUCAAUCACUUCCAAUGACUCUAUCCAAUUUUGAAAGUCAACAAAAACAACAUUAAGUGCAAGGAAGAUAAACUCUAUAGGUGCAAUGGAGAAGUACCAUUGUUGGUGACAUACAAGAUAAAUUAAGAGAAAAGUAUAGAUUCUAUUAGACUGAAACUGAAGAUUAUCUAGAUAGUGACUUAUAAAAGUUACUUAUAAGAAUUGAUUACAUGUUUACUAAUUAUAUAAGAGAGAAUGUAGUUAAAUGGAAUUGUAUAGCUUGGGUUGAUUUUAUUAAGAAAUUUACUACCCCAAAAUAAGGAGAAUAUUGGAGGAUUAAUGAUUACCCACUUAUGAUUCUUAAUCUUGAAGUCAAUCUUAGUUUCAAAAGGAGUAAGAAAAAUGAAAAGAAGGUCAAAUCCUACAAAUGCUAUAUAUUUUCUCCAAGCUUAUAAUCUAUCUAAGCUGCUCUCUUGAAACCAUUAGAUCUAUUAUUAGAAUCAGUCAAUUCAUUUAAUCGUCUAGAAAAGGAUCUAGUUCCUCUGGUUGAUAUUGAUUAAAAAAAGGAAGUUAAAGGGAGAUUAAGAGCCUAUGAAAUUGAAAAUGAUUAGGAUUAAAUUUGGGUUAAAUGGGCAAGAGACAAAAUUUUGGAGUACAUCGAAAUAGGUUUUCAGAAACCCAAUGAAAUGCUUUAACGUUUUAGAGAAUACAGCUUUCUUUUAGAAAAGCCAGUCUCAAGCAUAUUAAAGAGUCUAUUUGGAGAUAUUUCUAAGAAACCAAUCAUAACAUCUUUGGAUAAGGAUGAGAUCUAAAAGAAAUUGAAUGAUUUUAUCAACGCUAAAUUAUAGAUACAAAGGUUAUGUUUGGAUGAGAAAAAUGAAUAAUUCUUUUAGAUAAAAACUAGAAUUGCCAAGGAAAAUCUAAUUUAAAAGGCAAAUGAAUUUGUGUCUUCUAUUUUGAAACAAUGCUCAGAAAUAGUGACAGACAACAUUAGUCGUCUUAGUGUUGAGUAUAACGAUAUGAGUGAAAGAAUUACAAAGCAACCAAAGAAUGAGGCUGAACUAGUUGAAUUAAAGACCUACAUUGCUGAACAUGAAGUUAAUUUGGCCAAAAAGAAACAAGAAGUUGAUUGCUUAUAUGAUUAUUUGACAAUAUUUGAGGAAAUGAGCCAUACUUUUGAGGACAAAAAUUUAUAUGAAUUUUGGAAUUUGUAUAGUUUCCCACCCGAAAUUAAGAAUCAUGUCAUUGAAGGAUAAAGAAAAGCUAAUCUUUAGGAGUAAAAGUUCAUAGAAAAUUUGGAUAAUGAAAAGGAUAAGUUCUAAGGGGAAUUAAGAGAAUUAGCUGAGUUAUAUCUCACAGUAUAGAAAUUUGAUGAUUACACAAAAGCAAAAGAAAAUGCCACUGAAGUGAUGUCAUUAAAUGAAAGGUUAUAGAAGGCUAAGGAAAAGGUAGAAUCCUUUAAUGAAAGAGAAAGAUUAUUUAAAUCACCAGAAUCUGUCUAUGAUGAGUUGGAGUAAUUAAUUAAGAACUUUGCUAUUUACUAUAAUUUAUGGACUUAUUUCAUUGAAUUUGAAAUGGAAAAGGGAGAUUGGUGUACUGGAUCAUUUUUAAAACUAAACUUUACUGAAAUAGAUUCUAAAGUUAGAACUAAUUAAAGAAAUGUUAACAUUCUCAUUAAGGCAUUCUCAGAUACAGUGUAGAUGAUACAGCUGAAACUUAAAAGCCAGAUUGAUGAGUUUAAAGAAAAGUUAUGGUUAAUUGAAUUACUUACUACAGAAGCCAUGAAAAUUAAAUUGAAUAUGUGGAAGGAUAUUUGGAAGAUUGUUGGAAUAGUUGAUUAAGAAACAAAUGAUGACUUAUCAUUAGAUACACUUGUCUCACAUGGUUUGAUGAAUCAUAGAAGUGACAUUGAGGAGGUAUCAAGAAGGGCUGAAAAGCAAUGGUAAAUUGAAAAGAAUCUUAAUUUAAUUUAAGAAAAGUUGAAAGAUUAAAAGGUCGAGAUGAUCCCAUAUAAGAAGACUGGAACUUUUGUGUUAAAGUCUCUUGAAGAAGUGGUCCAAUGCUUUGAUGAUUAAUUUAAUAUCUUAUUGAUGUUAAAGGCAUAACCAUAAAUAAAGGCAGUUUUACAUAAGGCUUAAGCUUUAGAAUAUAAAAUAGUAUUGAUUUAAGAUACAUUGGAUGGAUGGACUAAAAUGUUAAAGAGGAUGGAUGUAUUUAGAACCAAUCUUUACAUCUGA